GUGUGCGCGGGGACGCUGAACGGGCUGAGCGUGACCGGCGACGCGCAGCACCAGUACCAGACCCUGCACAAGAUGUACAACAACUGCGAGAUCGUCAUGGGCAACCUGGAGAUCGUCCUCAUCGACCACACGCAGGACCUCUCCUUCCUCCAGACCAUCCGGGAGGUGACCGGCUACAUCCUGAUCGCCAUGAACGUGUUUGCGGCGCUGCCGCUGCAGAACCUGCGCGUGAUCCGCGGCACGCAGUUCUACGAGGACAAGUUCGCCCUCUUCGUGCUGCUCAACUACAACCCCAACACCACGCACGCCCUGCGCCAGCUCGGCCUCAACCAGCUCACGGAUCCUGGCGGCGGGGGGGUGUACAUCGAGAAGAACGCGCAGGCAUGUGCCACGUGAGACACCGUGGAGUGGAGGGACAUCAUGAGGGACACUCGGCUGGAGCCGCUCUCGUGAGGGACAACGUGCCGCGCCUGUCCCCCGUGCCACGAGAGCUGUGGCGGUCACUGCUGGGGGCCGGGCCCCGACGACUGCCAGAAACUGACCAAGACCAUCUGCGCCCCGCAGUGCAACGGGCGCUGCUUCGGCCGCGCGCCCAACGAGUGCUGCCACGAGGAGUGCGCGGGCGGCUGCACCGGGCCCCUGCGGACGGACUGCUUCGCCUGCCGCCACUUCAACGACAGCGGCUCGUGCGUGCCGCUGUGCCCGCAGCCCCUGAUCUACAACAAGCUCACCUUCCAGCUGGAGCCCAACCCCGACACCAAGUACCAGUACGGGGGGGUCUGCGUGCGCCAGUGCCCCCAUAACUUCGUGGUGGAUCAGAGCUCGUGCGUGCGCGCCUGCCCCAACGACAAGAUGGAGGUGGAGAAGAACGGGCUGAAGAUCUGCGAGCCCUGCGCGGGGCUGUGCCCCAAGGCCUGCGAGGGCACCGGCGCCGGCAGCAAAUACCAAACCGUGGAUUCCAGCAACAUCGACACCUUCAUCAACUGCACCAAGAUCCUGGGCAACCUCGACUUCCUCAUCACGGGCCUGGAGGGGGACCCCUGGCGCAACAUCUCAGCGCUGGACCCCGAGAAGCUGAACGUGUUCCGGACAGUGCGGGAGAUCACGGGGUACCUGAACAUCCAGUCCUGGCCCAAGCACAUGCACAACUUCAGCGUCUUCUCCAACCUCGAGACCAUCGGGGGACGGAGCCUGUACAACCGCGGUUUCUCGCUGCUGAUCAUGAAGAACGAGAACGUGACGUCGCUGGGGCUGCGCUCGCUGCGCGAGGUGAGCGCGGGCCGCGUGUACAUCACGGAGAACCGGCGGCUCUGCUUCCUGCACACCGUGCACUGGGCCGCGCUCAGCCGCAGCCGCGCCGACCUCGACAUCCGCAACAACCGGCCCCGCAGCAAGUGCCAGCAAGAGGGCAAGGUGUGCGACCCGCUGUGCUCGGCCGAGGGCUGCUGGGGCCCCGGGCCCGGCCAGUGCCUGUCCUGCCGCUUCUACAGCAGGAGGGGCGUCUGCGUGCCCACCUGCCGCUUCACCGAGGGGGACCCUCGGGAGUUCUCGCAGGGCGGCGAAUGCACCGAGUGCCACCCGGAGUGCGAGCGCAUCGACGGCGGCGGCGCCACCUGCAACGGCUCGGGCGCCGACACCUGCACGCGCUGCGCCCACUAUCGCGACGGGCCGCACUGCGUGGAGCGAUGUCCCGACGGGGUCCUGGGCGAGCGCGGCCCCAUCUACAAAUUCCCCGACGGGAGCCGCGAGUGCCGGCCCUGCCACGAGAACUGCACGCGGGGGUGUGUGGGGCCGCUGCUGCGGGACUGCCUGGGGGACCCCCUGCCCGUGUCCAGGCGGGCCCCGACGCUGAUCGCGGUCAUGGUGGUCGGCGCCGUUUUCCUCUCGUGCUCGCUGGUGCUGCUGGCGCUGCUCUACUGGCGGGGCAAGAAGAUCCAGAAGAAACGGGCGAUGCGGCGCUACCUGGAGCGGGGCGAGAGCCUGGAGCCGCUGGACCCCAGUGAGAAAGCCAACAAGGUCCUGGCUCGGAUCUUCAAGGAGUCGGAGCUGAAGCGCCUCAAGGUGCUGGGCUCCGGCGUCUUCGGCACCGUGCACAAGGGGAUCUGGAUCCCGGACGGGGAUUCCAUCAAGAUCCCGGUGAGCAUCAAGGUGAUCCAGGACUGCAGCGGGCAGCAAUCCUUCCACGCCGUCACCGACCACAUGCUGGCCAUCGGCAGCCUGGACCACUCGUACAUCGUGCGGCUGCUGGGGAUCUGCCCGGGCCCGCAGCUGCAGCUGGUGACGCAGCUGCUGCCGCUGGGCUCGCUGCUCGACUACGUGCGCAAGAACCGCGGCGCCAUCAGCCCCCAGCUGCUGCUCAACUGGUGCGUGCAGGUGGCCAAGGGCAUGUACUACUUGGAGGAGCACCGCAUGGUGCACAGGAACCUGGCUGCCCGGAACGUGCUGCUCAAGUCGCCCAGCCAGGCGCAGGUGGCCGAUUUCGGCAUCGCCGACCUGCUCUACCCCGAUGACAAGAAAUACUUCUACAACGAGCUCAAGACUCCCAUCAAGUGGAUGGCGCUGGAGAGCAUUCACUUCGGCAAGUACACGCACCAGAGCGACGUCUGGAGCUACGGGGUGACACUGUGGGAGAUGAUGACCUUCGGGGCCGAGCCCUACGCCGGGAUCCGCCUGGCCGAGGUUCCCGACCUGCUGGAGAAGGGCGAGCGGCUCUCGCAGCCCCAGAUCUGCACCAUCGACGUCUACAUGGUCAUGGUGAAAUGCUGGAUGAUCGAUGAGAACAUCCGUCCCACCUUCAAGGAACUGGCCAACGAGUUCACCCGCAUGGCCCGGGACCCCCCGCGCUACCUGGUCAUCAAGGAGAGCGGGGCCGCGCCCCCCGGCGAGCCCCCCGCGCUGAGCGAGAAGGAGCUGGACGAGGUGGAGACGCUGGAGCUGGAGGAGGAGGAGGAGGAGGAGGAGGAGGAGCUGGACGGGACCUUCGGCCUCGGCCCCGGCCCGCAGCGCCCCCGCGGCGGCUGCGCCAGGAGCCCGAGCCUGCUGAGCGCCCCCGCCGGGUACAUCCCCAUGAACCAGCCGGGCCUGGGCUGCGCCCGCCAGCCCGCGGCUCCGCGGCCGCGCCGCUCCCGCUCCCGGCAGGGCUCGCUGGGCCGCGCCGUGUCCGAGUGCUCCGAGGGCCGCGGCGCCGCCUCGGAGCUGGGGCUGGGGGGCUCGGGGGGGUCCCUGGGGGGGUCCCUGUGCCGCAGCCUCCGCUCGCGGGGCGGGGACAGCGCGUACCUGUCCCAGCCCCCGCCCGGGCCCGGCUCCGAGGGCAGCGAGGAGGAUCCCAACGGGUACGUGAGCCCCAACUGCGCCCCGAGAGACCCCGCCGCGCGCCCGGCGCCGCCCCCGGGCGAGGAAGAGGAGGGUGAGGAAGGCGACGAUGACGAUGAAGAGUACGAAUACAUGAACCGCCCCCCACGAGCCCGCCCGGCCUCUCUGGAAGAGCUGGGCUACGAAUACAUGGAGCUGGGGGGCUGCGACCCCCCCGAGAGACCCCCGCCCCAAAAGCGCCCCGAGGAAGACGAGGAGGGCGAGGAGGAAGAUUACGAGUACAUGAACAAACAGCCGCGCCUCAGCCGCUCCCUCCUCCCCCGCCACCACCACGGCUACACCGAGAUGAGACCCGGCGACCCCUCCCCAGCUCCGGCGACCCCCGCCCGCUUCGAGGGCGAGGAGGAGGAGGGCGAGGAAGGCUACGAGGAGAUGGAGGCGGUGCCGCGGCCGCGCUGCCGCCCCCUCCCCAUGAAGGCGCUGCGGAGUUUGGAAGCCUCGGACUGCGCCUUCGACAACCCCGACUACUGGCACAGCCGCCUGUUCGCCAAAGCGCGCCGGACGUAGCGGAGACCCCUCCCCAAAUUGGGGGGGGGCUCGCUGGGAAUAUGAAGGACCCCCUUGCCCACCCCCUCAACAGGGUUUGGGGGGGGGGGGCUCACUGAGACUUUUUUUUGCCUUUUUUUUUGCUUUUUUUUUGACCCCCAAAAUGUUUAUUUUUUACGCCCCUCCCCAUUUUUACCCUUGAGACCCCUCCCCGUUUUUAUUUUCUCUUCAUCUCAUUUUUUUCCUUCCUCCUCCUCCCCCUACUGAAGGUGCUCCCCAAAACCCUGGGGGAGUCCUUGGGAGAAUCUGGGGUCCCCUGGGAGAAUUUGGGGUCCCUUUGAAGCCCAGGGGUCCCCGCGUGGGAUUUCUGAAGGACCCCAGACCCAUUUUAUUUUCAUUGUAUGAGUGAAGGUUUGGGGGUGUCCCCACUGCCCUGAGGACCCCCGAGAUCCCUUUUUUGCCUUUUUUUGCCUUUUUUUUUGACCCCCAAAAUGUUUUUUUUUACGCCCUCCAGGAGACCCCUCCCCUGUUUUCCCCUUGAGACCCCUCCCCUGUUUUCCCCCUGCAGACCCCUCCCCAUUUUUAUUUUCUCUUCCUCCCAUCUUUUCCUUCCUCCCCUCCCCAUUUUUUCCUUCCUCCUCCUCCUCCUCCCUCAUUUGGGGUCCCUUAAGGGGUCCCCGAGUGGGAUUUCUAAGGACCCCAGACUCAUUUUAUUUUCAGGGUUCCCUGCUGAGUGAAGGUUUGGGGUCCUCUGGGAUUCAUUUUUUUGCCCUUUUUUUGACCCCCCAAAAUGUUUGUUUCUUUUUUUACGGCCUCCAGGAGACCCCUCCCCAUCUUUUCCCUUUGAGACCCCUCCCCAUUUUUUCCUUCCUCUUCCUCCCAUUUUUCCUUCCUUCUCCUCCUCCCUCAUUGAAGGUGCUCCCCAAAUUCAUGCGGGAUCUGGGGGGGUCCCCGGGAGAAUUUGGGGUCUCUUGAGGACCCCAGACUCAUUUUAUUUUCAGGUUCUCCUGCUGAGUGAAGGUUUGGGGGUCCCUGAGGUUUGGGGGACCCCCGGGAUCCCUUUUUUGGGGGGAUUUCUCCUUUUUUGGGGAUUUCUCCUUUUUUUGGUUUUUUUUUCCCCGUUUUUUCGGGUUGGGGGAGGGGGAGCCCCCGCUCAGGGAUCGCCCCCGGCCCCGGGGGUCGCGCGGGAUGAAUGAAAAUAAAGAAAUUUCCAU